AUGGCGCAGGUGGCGGAUGAAUCCAAGGCGAUGGCGUCUGAGGUCUUCCUCAGUAAAUACCGCAAAAUCAAAUCCAUUGGCAAAGGUAGUUUUGGGGAGGCGGUGUUAGUGCGCUCAAAGGCGGAUGGGAAGCGGUAUGUUGUAAAGGCUAUCGAGUCUGCCUCCAUGACACAGAAGGAAAAGCGUGACGUACAGAACGAGAUACGUAUCCUUGCGGCUGUGAACCACCCGAAUAUCAUCCGUUAUCACGAACACUUCGAAGACGGCACGCUUAUCUUCAUCAUUAUGGAGUACGCUGACGGCGGUGACCUGAACACCCGCAUCAAGGAGGCCAAGAAACAGAACCCGUCCACUCCGUUUGAACCGAAGUUGGCAAUGUUCUGGUUUCUGCAGAUAUGUAUGGCCCUCAAAUACCUUCAUGACAACCAUAUACUUCACCGAGACCUUAAGACUGCCAACAUCUUCUUGACUUCCAGGAACGUGGUAAAGCUUGGGGACUUUGGCAUUUCAACAGUCUUGCAGAAUACACUGGCAUGCGCCAAGACAGUGUGUGGUACACCAUAUUACUUCUCACCGGAGCUGUGCCAAAACAAGCCGUAUAACAACAAGAGUGAUGUAUGGGCCCUUGGCGUUGUGCUGUAUGAGAUGCUGACGCUCCAGCGUCCAUUCAAUGCCAAGUCCCUGAAGGAGCUUCUGAAAAAGAUUCUUGUGGGGCAAUAUGACCCCAUCCCAACAACAGUACCGGCUGAAAUGCGUAGUCUCUGCGCGGCACUCCUCCAGGUGAAUCCUGUCCAGCGGCCUAGCGUCAACAGGAUUUUAGAGAGUCCGUUCGUGCAAGAGUCGCUGAAAGGGUUUAGCGCGGAUCUCGAGAAGCAGGCGGAAAAGGACCGCACCGAGUUUGAGGCGCGGCGCCCGCCUCCACCGAAGACUCCACCGACGCGAGUGCAGGAUAGACCAAAGGAGACACCCAAGCCACCGCAAAUGAGCGAGCGCGAACAGAUGGCUAUUCUGCGCGGCAUGAACCGAGAGAGCAUGAAGGCGAUGUUGGCGAAACAGGCAGCCGCAGCUUCUGCCCAGCCAGAGCUGGCGAAACCAGAGCCGGAAGACGAAGGACACUCUGAUGUGGAUGAUGAUGGUGACUACAUCGAGCAGAAGAAGGCCAUUGUGCAGCAGACAAAGGGGAUCGUUGGAAACACGCAUCUGGGCGGCCAUCCCGAGGAGUUUGGCGACGGGCCGUCAACAAGCACGCCACAGGUAGAUAUGAUCACUCUCUCCAGCGGGGAGUCAGUGCCGGCGGCAAAAGUGCGCAGCAUACUAGAAGAGCAAAUGGGUGCUGAGCUACUAAACAAGGCCAUUGAACUCUACAACCAGAGCAUGAUGAAUAAUGGGCUCUCCAAUGCAGAGAUGCAACGCGAGCUAAAUGAGCUAGUCGGCCCCAAACACGCACACCACUCGAACGCGAUUACAAAGCUGUGUGUGUACGAGGGAAAGGAAAAAAUGUAG